AUGAAUGAUUCUGAUAAAGAUAUUGAUUUGCAUUUGAAAUGGAUUCAUUUAAUGAUAAACAGGAUACUAGACAGUCAGAAUGAAAUUCCACGAUAUCCUUUGCUAAGUUUGAACUUUCUACAACCAGUUAACGUGCUAAAUAUUGAUGCAAAAUUUGAAAAUGAAUUAACUAUACAAGAUUUAACUUCAUCAAUUCCUUAUGCAAUUAUUGUUUAUGCAUUUAAUCCAUUUGAUUUAACAGAAAUUUCAAACAAUGACUACUUCCCAAUAAUUUUAUCGACAUUAACUGACUUAGACUGCACAAUACCAUCAGAAAUUACUUCACAAACGCUUAAAGAAAAUGAUAUAUCAAUUCAUUCCCAGUUUUGCCUUAUAUUAGAGGAUUAUGUAGUACGAAAAUCUAUUCCUCUAGAAGUUAUUACAAAUGAUAUACUCAGAUUUCCACGUUCAUUCUAUAUACUUCAACAUCGUCCUCAUGAUCUCGAUGAAGCAAUUGGAAUUUGGCUAUCAAAAUUCCCAACUUCUCAUAUUAUCCCAGACAUCAAUAAUUUUGAAGAAGACAUAAUGAGUGGACAACAUGCGGCUUUCUGCUUAGCCCGUUGCUUUCCUACAAAAAUUCCAAAAUCUCAAGUAGAAGUUGGGCCUAUGUUGCCAGAACAGUCUUCACAACACAAUUGGGAAUUAAUACAAAACGCCUCAAACGAAAUUCCUUUAUUUGUUCUUACAAAACGACCUACAUCAAGAAUUCUUUUACGCGUUUUCGCUGCAGACGUUUUUUAUGCAACAAGAAAUGAUGUCCGCAACUUCGCUCAGCCUCCAUCUGAUCCAUUACCAAAUGAACCACCUGAACAGAUCGAAGUUCCUCCAGAAGCGGCUCAAUCUCGUCCUCCUCCAAAAAUAAUCCAAAGAGAUCCACCACAACCAACUAAUCAAUCAUCUCAACCUCCAAGUGUUCCAGUAGAUAGAUCCAUUCCACCAAUGGAUUACCCAGCCGUUAAUGAAAUUCCUCCACAACAAAAUUAUAAUUAUAAUCCUCCACAAAAUUCUGGUGGAAAUCCUCACAGACAUCGUCAUAGACACAGAUAUAGUGAUUACAGUAGCUACUCAUCAUCAGAACCCCCUAGAAAACAUCAUAGACCUCAAAACAAUUCAACAACAAGAGAAAUUUAUAAAGAAAAGAUUAUUUACAAACCAUUUAGAGAACAUGUAACUCAACCACAAAGAAGCAGCUAUGAUGACGCUGCAAUGUUUGUUGACGGAGCUUCAAAAUUUGCAAAUGCAGCAAGCGAAUUGGCAAAGAUGAUAACAACAAUGAAAAAUGAUGAAAACAAGCAAGUUACAAAUCAGCAACCACAAUUUCCAUCUCCACAGCCAACAUUUUUUCCUCCAACAUUUCCGUUAUUUAAUUAUCUUCCUCAAAAUACAGAAUUUCCACAUGAAGAAGAUAAUUAUGAUGGGGAAAUCAAUGAUACUGACCUCGAUAUUGUUGAAGAAACUCUCAGAGAAUUCGUUCAACUUCCGAUAUCUCAACAAACCCAAGAAAGGCUUUCCAAAAUGCUCAAAUCUAAGUAUGGAAAUGAUAAAUCCAAGAGAGCAGAAUUCGUUUCUAUAUUGUUGAAUGAUACAUUAGCAGGGAUUGAACUGAAUAAUGAAUCUCCUGCAAAAACUCUCGUAAAUGCGGCCAAUAUGAUAUAUAAUCAGGAAAAUGGCCGAAAAGAAGUAUCAAUUCAACUCAAUGAAUCUACUUAUUCGGAAAUGGCAGAUUCUUCCACUUCAGAUACAACGUCCGAUUACACUUUACUUCCAACGAAAACAUCAUCAUCUUCAUCCACAGAAUCAUCUAUAUCCGAAAUAAUCGAACAAGUUCAACUGUCAGACCAAAUUAUCGAUGCGACCACAAAGCUCACAGAUCAGAUUACCCAAUCAAAUCCUUUAAUUCUCGAGAAAACUGAUACAAAGGAACUAUUUUCAAAUAGCUGUAGCGAUAAACCCGAGAAGAUGAAAAUAUCUGUGAAGUCUUUUACUUUCGAACCAUCAUAUGAUGAAAUAAUGCGCAAGCAAAGGGCAGCCAAUAUUAAGAACUAUACUAUUUUUGAAAGAGCUCUUGAAGAUCUUUUUUUGCCUGGAGAUAAUCACUUGGGACAUAGGAAAUUCAUUCUAAAUGAGGCAUCAACAAUACCUAGUGAUAGAGUUAUAAUACUCAUUUCAUCAGAUAAGAAAAGAUAUAAAGGAGCUUAUUUUAGAGGAUUAGAUAACGAAAAUUGCGUUGUUAAGCACUGUGGAAAAGGUCCUCAGAUGAUAAAUACAGCAGAUAUCGGGAGAUCUCUUAACUAUGAUGUCGGAUCAAUGAACUUUUCCAAGUCUAACAUCGAUGAUGCAGAUGCAUUUUAUUUGAAAAAAUUCCUUGAACCUCAAGGAUGGUAA